GAAGUUCUCUGCAGCUCUGUUUCCUUUCCCUCGCUGAGAGCCUGAAACAGGAAGUCGGUCAGUGAGCUGGUGGCAGCAGCUGGGGCGACUGAGAGGAGACCGACGGCGGGUCACAGCGCAGGGGGCCUCAGCUCCCCUUGGCGGCGCGUAGGUCCUGUGAGGUGGCCUCCGGCCUGGCCUGGGGAGGCCCACGCCCGCCAUGGUCCCCUGCUGGAACCAUGGCAACAUCACCCGCUCCAAAGCUGAGGAGCUGCUCUCCAGGACGGGCAAGGAUGGGAGCUUCCUCGUGCGUGCUAGCGAGUCCAUCUCCCGGGCGUACGCGCUCUGUGUGCUGUACCGGAAUUGCGUUUACACGUACAGGAUUCUGCCCAAUGAGGAUGAUAAAUUCACUGUUCAGGCAUCCGAAGGUGUCCCUGUGAGGUUCUUCACCAAGCUGGACCAGCUCAUCGAGUUUUACAAGAAGGAAAACAUGGGUCUGGUGACCCAUCUGCAGUAUCCAGUGCCGCUGGAGGAGGAGGACGCAGGUGACGAGCCAGAGGAGGAGACAGAAAGUGUCCUGUCUCCACCUGAGCUGCCACCCAGAAACAUCCCGUUAACUGCCGGGCCGUGUGAGACUAAGGAGGUCCCUCCUUUGAACGAGAAUCCUCGAGCCAAUGAGGUCAGCCGGCCGAGCCUCUCGGAGACGUUGCUUCAGCGACUGCAGACCAUGGACACCAGCGGGCUUCCAGAAGAGCAUCUGAAAGCCAUUCAAGAUUAUUUAAGCACCCAGCUCACCCUGGACUCUGAUUUUGUGAAGUCGGGCUCCUGCAGUCUCCCUCAUUUGAAGAAACUGACUGCGCUCCUCUGCAAGGAACUCUAUGGGGAAAUCACCCGGAUCUUCCCUUCCCUGGAGUCUCUGCAGAAGCUGUUUGACCAGCAGCUGUCGCCUGGCCUCCGUCCACGGCCUCAGGGGCCUGCUGAGGCCAAUCCAGUCAACGUGGUGGCCAAGCUCAGCCAGCUGACAAGUCUGCUGUCCUCUAUUGAAGAUAAGGUCAAGGCCUUGCUGCAUGAGGGUCCUGAGUCCUCCCACCGGCGGUCCCUCAUCCCACCAGUCACCUUCGAGGUGAAGUCAGAAUCUCUGGGGAUUGCUCAGAAACUGCAGCUCAAAGUCGAUGUUGAGUCCGGGAAGCUGAUAAUUAAGAAGUCCAAGGAUGGUUCUGAGGACAAGUUCUACAGCCACAAGAAAAUCCUGCAGCUCAUCAAGUCUCAGAAGUUUCUGAACAAGUUGGUGAUUUUGGUGGAAACAGAGAAGGAGAAGACCCUGCGGAAGGAAUAUGUUUUUGCUGACUCCAAAGCUCGCAAGGAUCGAGACACAAGCAGUCAUCAGGCACUGAAUUUUGAGCCAUCCUUAACUAAAGCUCCAGGAGGCUCAUACCCAAGUGCAGCUGACAUGGGUAACGCCCCCCCUCCCAAGAAGAUCACGUCCUGGUUUCUCUCCAAGGGGCAGGGAAAGACGCGGGAUGACUCUGCUGACUACAUUCCCCACGACAUCUACGUGAUUGGCACCCAGGAGGACCCCUUGGGAGAGAAGGAGUGGCUGGAGAUACUCAGACACUCCCUGCAAGAAAUCACCAGCAUGACUUUCAAAACAAUCGCCAUCCACACCCUCUGGAACAUUCGCAUCGUGGUGCUGGCCAAGCCGGAGCACGAGAACCGGAUCAGCCACAUCUGCACUGACAAUGUGAAGACGGGCAUCGCCAACACGCUGGGGAACAAGGGAGCUGUGGGGGUGUCAUUCAUGUUCAAUGGAACCUCCUUGGGAUUUGUCAACAGCCACUUGACUUCUGGAAGCGAAAAGAAACUCAGGCGAAACCAAAACUACAUGAACAUUCUCCGGUUUCUGGCUCUGGGAGACAGGAAACUGAGUUCCUUUAACAUCACGCACCGCUUCACCCACCUCUUCUGGCUUGGGGAUCUCAACUACCGUGUGGAGCUGCCCACCUGGGAGGCAGAAACCAUUAUCCAGAAGAUCAAGCAGCAGCAGUAUGCAGACCUCCUGUCCCACGACCAGCUGCUCAUGGAGCGGAAGGAGCAGAAGGUCUUCCUGCACUUUGAGGAGGAAGAAAUCACGUUUGCACCCACCUACCGUUUUGAAAGACUGACGCGGGACAAAUACGCCUACACUAAGCAGAAAGCCACAGGGAUGAAGUACAACUUGCCCUCCUGGUGUGACCGAGUCCUCUGGAAGUCUUACCCUCUGGUGCACGUGGUGUGUCAGUCCUAUGGCAGCACCAGCGACAUCAUGACAAGCGACCACAGCCCUGUUUUCGCCACAUUUGAGGCAGGAGUCACCUCCCAAUUUGUCUCCAAGAACGGCCCCGGGACUGUGGACAGCCAAGGGCAGAUCGAAUUUCUCAGGUGCUACGCUACCCUGAAGACCAAGUCCCAGACCAAAUUCUACCUGGAGUUCCACUCAAGCUGCUUGGAGAGUUUUGUCAAGAGUCAGGAAGGAGAAAAUGAAGAAGGAGCUGAAGGGGAGUUGGUGGUGAAGUUCGGCGAGACUCUUCCAAAGCUGAAGCCCAUUAUCUCCGAUCCCGAGUACCUGCUGGACCAGCACAUCCUGAUUAGCAUUAAGUCCUCCGAUAGCGACGAAUCCUACGGCGAGGGCUGCAUUGCUUUGCGGCUAGAGGCCACGGAAACUCAGCUCCCCAUCUACACGCCUCUCACCCACCACGGAGAGAUGAUGGGUCACUUCCAGGGGGAGAUUAAGCUGCAGACCUCCCAAGGCAAGACGAGGGAGAAGCUCUAUGACUUUGUGAAGACAGAGCGGGAUGAGUCCAUUGGGCCCAAGUCCCUGAAGAGCCUCACCAGCCACGACCCCAUGAAGCAGUGGGAGCCUGUCAACAGGGUCCCUCCAUGUGGUGGCUCCAGCAUCACUGAAAUCAUCAACCCCAACUACAUGGGGGUCGGGCCCUUUGGGCACAUGAAGCAGAACCUGUCCCCUGACCAGCAGCCCACUGCCUGGAGCUAUGAACAGCCACUCAAGGACUCCUCCCUGGGGCCUGGAAGGGGAGAGAGCCCUCCGACCCCACCCUCCCAGCCGCCCAUAUCACCAAAGAAGUUUUCAUCAUCCACAGCAACCCGAGGCCCCUGCCCCAGGACACAGGAGUCAAGGCCCGGCGACGUGGGGAAGAGCGCAGGGGAACCUUUGCUUCCCGAGGACCCGCAGCUGACCAAGCCCGAGAUGUUUGAGAACCCGCUGUAUGGGUCUGUGAGUUCUUUCCCCAAGCUGGUUCCCCGGAAAGAGCAGGAAUCCCCCAAAAUGCUGAGGAAGGAGCCCCCGCCCUGCCCGGACCCGGGAAUCCUGUCGCCCAUGAAGCCCCCGGUGAGCUGCCAGCGAGAUGGGAGCCCAGAGGAGCAGCAGGAAGCCGCUGGGACCCUGUCUCGGGGCCCCCUGUGUGUUCCUCCUACCGAGCUUCCUCUGCAGGGCUUUACCAAGGACCAGGGUGAAAGGACAGCUGGAGACAACCAGACAUCCUCUCCAUCGCUCCUACAUCCACAGCCCACAGCUGAGGACCUGAGCGCCGAUGCCCGCGGCACCUGGGAGUCCACUGCUGCCAGGGUGCUGGCGUGCCGCGAGGUGCCUGCAGCUCCCACCCAGCCUGGAAUGGACAUCCAGGCCCCCCCCCCAUUUCUGAGGGGUCCUGGGAGAAGGCUGAGCCUCCGGCGUGGCCCGCACGCCUCCCAGCGGCCACCUCUCUUCCACAGGCACUUCCGGCCUCAGGAGGGCGUCACUAGCGAGCGCCUUGCGUCCGCGCCGGACACGUACGUGCGUGCGGCGGAAGACGACGGGUAA